AUGCGUCUCGCACCCACAUUCCUUCUCAUCUCGCUCUUUUCUCUCAUUCUUCCGUCCAUAGCAUCCUCCUUGGACAACAAUCACAACCCACGCGCGUCGCGAACGAUUGCUGCUCGUCAGCAUCGCCCCAAGCGCACUCUUCUCGAUCUAUGCGCAUAUGUCGACCUUUCGGUUCUCCAGCUCCUUGGCAUUGACCUCGACUUGAAGCUAUGCCUUUGUCUCUCAGCACUUCCAUUGACCCUUCAAACCAACCUACAACUCAAGGCCCUUGUUCGUCUACUUGGGGAGGACGGUGCAUUGAAACUCCUGACGUCCCUCAUCACGGGCUUGGGGCAACAGUGUCAUUAUCCACCUCACGCAAAGCCCAUCUGCGACAACCAUUGUGGCUUUGAAUGCACAGACGGCUACAAAAAGGUUGGUAAGACCUGCGUCUGUGCUCCGCCAAUGGUUGAAUGCCGCGGCAAGUGCGCUCUGUCCUGCCCGUCUGCAACUCCUUUGGCCAACACUAAACGGACCACCGAAGCCGGAAACUCUGGACCUGUCCGUUCCGUUUCGACACGUAUGGUUAAAAAGCGACACAAUUCCCCCCGACCACACCCCCGCCAUGUACUGCAGCCUCGCCACUCUUCGGGGCUCCUCUCUGGUCUGAAUACUGUGAUCGACCUUGGCGGCGGUUCAAUGCAUCACGGGGCUCCAUCCGAUGGCACUACGUUGGCAAUAAUCCACGCUACGAAGGAAUUGAUCGAUUACACCAACGAACUCUACGCAGGUCUUGCCACUAUUAUAGCCAGCCCUGGAGACAAUUCGUCCACAGUCUUGAUCAAAUCAACAAUUGCGGUAAACUCCCAAGUAUUGAUGGCUGCCGUUGCAAACCUCCUCGAUGCCACCACAUCCACAGACGAUCUGAUUACCUACGCCAAUGCCGUCGUUCGUGCAGACAAAUUGGUCGCAACCUCCCUUGCAGCGCUAUCCGGGCAUGAAUCGUGGUUAACUCUCACGAAAAACAUCCUCGACGCAACACUUGCCUUGCUGAGUCUAUGUGAUUCCAACUCCAACCCUCUCCCUCCUACUCCCCCUGCUCCGACUACGACCGUCGCUUCACCGCAUCCUACUGCCGCGCCUGUAUCUUCAAAUGAUCCCAUCUUCGUUGAUUUGCAUCCUUUGCUUACCGAGCUGGGCCUAGGCGGUAUCUGGCUCCCUAUCUGGCUUGACCUCGAUGGGCUUCUUGGUACCACUGGUCUCAACGAACUCAUCAACGAUCUGUUAGCAUCGCUCAAUCUUGGCGGGACGCUAGCCAAGCCUGUCCCUGGAGGGAGCCCACCCCCUACCCCAGCAUCAGGAACGCUACUUGGACUCGACCUCAACGCCCUGAUUACCUCGCUGCUCGAUCUCGAUCUCGAUUCUACUCUAGCGAGUCUUGGGGAUUUAGGCGCAGUCACAAACUAUGAUGAUCUCGUAGCAUGGACUGUCGCUCUUAGCGAGGCCUUGCUCGCAUUGACGCUGGAUGCUACCAACAAUGCUCUAAAUGACACAGUCAAAUUACUCAACGACCUCGAAGGAAGUGACUGUGGGCGCAACAACGACACCAUGUCAGCGUUACUGGGGUUGAUCAAAUCCAGCCUGUUAGGGACAUCACCUAAUUUGCUCGAAAUCAAACUCUGA